GCAUCCCGGCUGGACAUAUUGGUGUGUCUUAUGGGAGAGGAACCACUGGUGCCUCACUUGCUAGCACGAUGCUGACCGGGGUGUUGGUGGCGGUGGUGGUGGUGGCGGUGUGGUGCUACCUCAACACCAAGAAGCCUCGCGGUCUCCCUCCAGGUGUGUGGGGAUGGCCGGUGAUAGGGUGUCUGCCCUCUCCUGAUGAAAGCCUCAGUGACCAGGUCAUGAAAUUACGACCAAAAUAUGGCAACAUUAUCACAUGGCGAAUGGGAAGUCGUACUUUCGUGUUCCUGUGCAACUAUAAGUUGGCCAGCACAGCCAUGGCACGGCCGGAGCUCCAAGACAGACCAGACCUCUACAGUCUGGACGUCCUCAACGAGUUCAAGAAAUACGGCCUGUUCAACGCCAAUGGCCUUCACUGGUACAACGGGCGGCGGUUUGCGGUGCGCCACCUGCGGGAGAUGGGGAUGGGCAAGUCGAGCAUGGAAACCACUAUCCAGUACGAAGCCGCCCGCCUCGUCGAGGACUUCAACAAAUACUCGGGCCACAGCCAGACGCUUCCUUGGUCCAUUAACGUCGCAUUCCUCAACGUCAUUUGGAAGUUAACCGCAGAUCGUCGGUACGAAGUUGACGACCCUGAGGUCCAGUCGUUGCAUCAGCUGAUUACAUCGUUGUUUAUUGACUUCCAAGGUAACGUAGUGUGGUUUGACCUGUUCCCAUGGGUCAUCCCCUACACCCCGCAGUGGCUCGUCGACUGGCUAAAUAUUGGAGAAAUGAGUGUGAAGGCGAGGAAAAUCAAGAAUUUCAUGCUCGAGGAGAUCAAGAGGCACCGAGCCUCGCUGAACCCCGACGACAUCCGGGACUACAUCGAUGCUUACCUGGUGGAGAUGGAGAAGGAGAACCACCAGGAGUCCACCUUCUGCGAGGAUGACUUGUGGAUAGCUGUAGCGAACCUGUUCAUUGGUGGGACGGAGACGGUGUCGGCGACGAUGCGGUGGUAUAUUAUGUAUAUGGCUCAGUACCCUGAGGUACAAGCCAGGGUGCAGCAGGAGAUCGACUCGGUGGUGCCCCGUGACACCGCCCCGGCUCUUGAACACCGUGACAAGCUGCCGUACACGGAGGCUGUGGCCGCUGAGGUUAAUAGGCUCAUCUCUGUGUCUCCAACGGCCCUGCCUCACUUGGCCACACGAGACACUGAGCUCUUCAACUACACCAUUCCCAAGGGGACGAUUCUGAUCGCACACCAGGAGUGUUGCCACAGGGACCCCAACUACUGGGAGAAGCCAGACCAGUUCUACCCCGGGCACUUCCUCGACAAAGAUGGUAACUUCAUCAGCAAAAAGGAGAGCUACAUCCCCUUCAACAUUGGUCGGCGUCAGUGUCUGGGCGAGUCUCUGGCACGGAUGGAGCUCUUCCUCUUCCAGGCUACCUUAAUGCAGAACUUCACCUUCUCCGUCCCCAAGGGGGAAAAGUUGCCCUUUGAGAAAGACCCAACCAUUCGUAUUGUCAACAUCCCCAAGCUUUGCAAUGUUGUUAUUACCAAAAGAAAAUAGAUUACUGCACUAUCAAAUGGAUAUUUUCCUGUAACAUUGUUGCAUCUUUUUCUUACUAAAAAUAUGGCACCUUAAUUAACUUUUAUAUUCGGUUUCAAAUGCAAGUCACCUUGGA